GUCCGUACAUCUUCCGGUCCGUCUUGUGCGUCGCCCUUUUCGUUCCGACUCUUUUAACCCGCCCGGUGCUUUUUCCUCUGCGGCCCACGUGCGGAUUUAAUUCGUUUUUCACCUUAAAAUUUGACGUAAAAGUUUGGACCAAAUGUCGUUGCCCUUUGAUCAAGUGCGGACGAGCGUGGGUAAGCUUCUGCGAGGAAUCGACAGGUACAAUCCAGAAAACCUUCCGACGUUGGAGCGCUACGUGGAGACUCAAGCAAAGGAGAACGCUUACGACCUGGAAGCUAACCUGGCUGUCCUAAAGCUGUACCAGUUCAACCCAGCUUACUUCCAGACUACGGUGACCUCACAGAUCCUGCUGAAGGCCCUGACCAACCUUCCACACACCGACUUCACUCUGUGCAAGUGUAUGAUCGACCAGACACACCAGCAAGAGGAGCGUCCCAUAAGACAGAUCCUCUACCUGGGGAAUCUGCUGGAGACAUGUCACUUCCAGAGCUUCUGGACAAGUCUUGAAGAGAACCGAGAGCUCAUCGAUGGCAUCACCGGUUUCGAGGAUUCCGUUCGCAAAUUCAUCUGCCACGUGGUGGGCAUCACCUACCAGACCAUCGAGCACCGGUUACUGGCUGAGAUGCUGGGAGAUCCGCUGGACACGCAGGUAAAGGUGUGGAUGAACAAGUACGGCUGGACAGAGAACGAGGAGGGCCAAAUCUUUGUCUUCAACCAGGAGGAGAGCGUCAAGCCCAAGAACAUCGUGGAAAAGAUCGACUUCGAAAGUGUAUCCAGCAUCAUGGCUACAUCUCAGUGAUACAAAUGCGUGCACACACACACACACAUACACAUAUUUGGUAAGACAGAUUCAACCAGGUCAUUAUUUUUCAUAAUCCGUCAAUAAAAGUAAUUUAUCCCGUA